CUGAGCUUCUCAGAAAGGAAAAUGGCGGCUGUCGGACGCGUCUCUCAAAUGUUGGUACGGUCUUAUUUGACCCAGACCCGGCGUCAGCUCUCUGCCGCUGCUGCUGCUGGCGGACACAGCGAGCAAGCAGCCAAGACAUGGAAGAUCCUCUCUUUUGUGGUUGCCCUCCCUGGUGUUGCGGUGUGCAUGUUGAACAUGUACCUCAAAGAGCAGCAGCAUUCCCAUGAACAGCCAGAGUUUGUCCCUUACUCCCACCUUCGCAUUCGCAGCAAGCGUUUCCCUUGGGGUGAUGGCAACAAAUCCCUUUUCCACAAUGCACACUUGAAUCCUCUUCCUGCCGGCUAUGAGGGCCACGAUGAGUAAAACCCUUCCUCCAGACCUCCUAACGGGCACGGGGACCAGUCCUCCUUCAGCGGUUGUUACUGGACCAUACUUCUAUUUACAGUUUACUCUUCACUUUUGUUGUGUUUACCUCUGUGCUCUCAACAUGGGGCACCCGAACCAACAGUUCCUUUACUCUGGACCAUCAACAUGUCAGACUGAUCCUGAAUUAACAUAAAUAAAGUAACUAAUAUUACCUCAA